GCAUAAAUUCUCUCCUAAGGACAGCCCUGAAUCUCUGAUUGCCUAGAGGCUCAAUCAGCUGGAGACCAUGGCGUUCGAUGGUACUUGGAAGGUAAACCGAAACGAGAACUAUGAAAAGUUCAUGGAAAAGAUGGGUAUUAAUGUGGUGAAAAGGAAGCUUGCAUCUCAUGACAAUUUGAAACUGAUAAUUACACAAGAAGAAAAUAAAUUCACAGUCAAAGAAUCAAGCACUUUUCGAAACAUUGAAGUUGUGUUUGACCUUGAUGUCACUUUUAAUUAUAGCCUCGCAGAUGGAACUGAACUCACUGGGUCUUGGAGCCUAGAGGGAAAUAAACUUGUUGGAAAAUUCAAACGGGUGGACAAUGGAAAUGAACUAAAUACUGUCCGAGAAAUUAUAGGUGAUGAAAUGGUCCAGACUUAUAUAUAUGAAGGAGUGGAAGCCAAGAGGAUCUUCAAAAAGGAGUGAGCAUUGUUCCUGGAGCAGAGCCCAGAACACAUAUUAGAUGGAAAAUCUAUA